AUGGCAAAAAGAUGGUCAUUUGUUGGGUUUGCGAUGUUUGUCUGGUUUGGCUAUUUUUGUGACGCUGUGGAAGAUGCAGCUACCCCCACUUCAGUGGAUCGUCCAUCUGUUGAGAUUCCAGUGAUUAAUGACACCGCUAUGGGGCUACAGUCUGACAGCCCAGUAAUACCUGCCAUUGUUACGGGUCCGCCACCCUAUUUUAAUCCUGCAUUCCCUCCUGCUCAAGGUGAUUUUUUCAUUGAGAGGCCUCCAACAACUCUGGCUCCUGUGGGCCAGCCUUCCUACCAGAGGCCAGCAGCUACCAUGGUACCUGUGGGUCAGCCUCCCUACCAGAGGCCAGCAGCUACUAUGGUUCCAGUGGGGCAGCCAUCCUUUGAGACCCUAGUGCCACCUCGUAUUCCUGUGGGUCAGCCUCCCUACCAGAGGCCAGCAGCCACUAUGUUACCUGUGGGCCAGCCAUUCUACCAGAGGCCAGCAGCUACUAUGGUUCCAGUGGGGCAGCCAUCCUUUGAGACCCUAGUGCCACCUCGUAUUCCUGUGGGUCGGCCUCCCUACCAGAGGCCAGCAGCCACUAUGUUACCUGUGGGCCAGCCAUUCUACCAGAGGCCAGCAGCCACUAUGUUACCUGUGGGCCAGCCAUUCUACCAGAGGCCAGCAGCUACUAUGGUUCCAGUGGGGCAGCCAUCCUUUGAGACCCUAGUGCCACCUCGUAUUCCUGUGGGUCGGCCUCCCUACCAGAGGCCAGCAGCCACUAUGUUACCUGUGGGCCAGCCAUUCUACCAGAGGCCAGCAGCUACUAUGGUUCCAGUGGGGCAGCCAUCCUUUGAGACCCUAGUGCCACCUCGUAUUCCUGUGGGUCAGCCUCCCUACCAGAGGCCGGCGGCUACUCUGCCACCAGUGGGUCAGCCUCCCUACCAGAGGCCGGCGGCUACUCUAGCACCAGUGGGUCAGCCUCCCUACCAGAGGCCGGCGGCUACUCUAGCACCAGUGGGUCAGCCUCCCUACCAGAGGCCGGCGGCUACUCUGCCACCAGUGGGUCAGCCUCCCUACCAGAGGCCGGCGGCUACUCUGCCACCAGUGGGUCAGCCUCCCUACCAGAGGCCGGCGGCUACUCUGCCACCAGUGGGUCAGCCUCCCUACCAGAGGCCAGCAGCCACUAUGUUACCUGUGGGCCAGCCAUUCUACCAGAGGCCAGCAGCUACUAUGGUUCCAGUGGGGCAGCCAUCCUUUGAGACCCUAGUGCCACCUCGUAUUCCUGUGGGUCAGCCUCCCUACCAGAGGCCAGCAGCCACUAUGUUACCUGUGGGCCAGCCUCCCUACCAGAGGCCGGCGGCUACUCUGCCACCAGUGGGCCAGCCUCCCUACCAGAGGCCGGCGGCUACUCUGCCACCAGUGGGCCAGCCUCCCUACCAGAGGCCGGCGGCUACUCUGCCACCAGUGGGUCAGCCUCCCUACCAGAGGCCGGCGGCUACUCUAGCACCAGUGGGUCAGCCUCCCUACCAGAGGCCGGCGGCUACUCUGCCACCAGUGGGUCAGCCUCCCUACCAGAGGCCGGCGGCUACUCUGCCACCAGUGGGUCAGCCUCCCUACCAGAGGCCGGCGGCUACUCUGCCACCAGUGGGUCAGCCUCCCUACCAGAGGCCGGCGGCUACUCUGCCACCAGUGGGUCAGCCUCCCUACCAGAGGCCGGCGGCUACUCUGCCACCAGUGGGUCAGCCUCCCUACCAGAGGCCGGCGGCUACUCUGCCACCAGUGGGUCAGCCUCCCUACCAGAGGCCGGCGGCUACUCUAGCACCAGUGGGUCAGCCAGCAUUUGAGAGACCAGUACUGCCAGCUUUCACACCUGUGGGCCGCCCUUCCAUUGAGAGGCCAGUACCUCCUGUUCCUGCGGGCCAGCCUCCCUACCAGAGGCCGGCGGCUACUCUGGCACCAGUGGGUCAGCCAUCCUAUCAGAGGCCGGUGGCUACCUUGGCUCCUGUGGGCAAGCCUUCCUUGGAUCCAGUGCUUCCAGUCCUGCCUGUGCCAGAUAUUGUGAGGGCCAUCUGUGGGGAGAGCUUGCUACAAGUGGAAGUGAAUGCUAUUCUGCUUGGUAUUGGCCAGCUAGUCCAUCCAUCUGAGAUCACCCUGGGAGGCUGUGGACCUGUUGAGCAGGACAGGUCUGACUGGAAGCUGCACUUUGUGACUGAGCUGCAUGGUUGUGGCAGCACACAGAUGAUGACUGAAGACUCUCUAAUCUACACCUUUUCCUUGAAUUACCAACCCAAAGCACUUGUUGGCACUCCUAUCGUAAGGUCCAGUGAAGCAGUAGUUCUCAUCCAGUGCCAUUACCCAAGACUGCACAACGUGAGCAGCAAUGCCCUGCACCCAACCUGGAUCCCCUACCAAUCGACCAUGUCUGCUGAAGAACUCCUUGUCUUUACCCUGAGGCUCAUGGAAGAUGACUGGCAACAGGAGAGGGCCUCUCGCACAUUUUUCUUGGGAGAUACACUGAAAAUUGAGGCCUCUGUAGUCCAGGCCAACCAUGUGCCCCUCCGUGUCUUCAUUGAGAGGUGUGUCGCUUACUUGGAUCCCAGCUUGGCUCCCAGCUAUGCUUUCGUUAAAGAAGAUGGGUGCCUAAUGGAUUCCCAGCUACCAGGCUCCCACUCGAUGUUCCUGCCCAGGCUACAGGAUGACAAGCUCCGCAUGGAAGUGGAUGCUUUCAGAUUUGCCCAGGAGGACCGAAGCUCCAUUUACUUUUAUUGUCACCUGAAAGCCACUGCAGCUUCAGAUCCUUAUGGGGGCAAGGCUUGCUCAUUCUCUCCAGAAGCUGGCCGGUGGCUCAGCCUCUCUGGAAUGGAUGUGUGUAGUUGCUGUGAAGCUAGCUCUUGUGUGGCUAGGAAGGGGAGAAGUCUGGACGAGUCAGCUGCCCAGUGGGAAGGUGACGCCCUCCUUGGUCCUGUUACUAUCCAGCAGGCUGCUGCCACUGACCUGGUGUCAGAGUCUAGGAGCAGUCUCUUGAAGGCAGAGGAUCACAAAGCUACAGGUGCGUCACCUGUGGCUAUAGUCGUGGCUGGAGUGACUGUUACAGUGGGAAUCCUCUGUAUGAUCGUGCUGGCAACUGUACUGCGUUGGAGACGGCGCAAGUCUCUCUUGUAUGAGGAGUCUGGUUAAUCAUUAAAAAAAUGUGAAAGUG